AUGAUCUAUGGUUUGGUGUUGUUCCCGAAUAUCCCGAAUUUCGUCGAUCUCACUGCCAUUUGCCUCUUUAUGGAUCAAAACCCCGUGCCUACUCUUUUGGCGGAUACUUAUUAUGCUGUUCAUUCCAGGUAUGGGACGAAGGGAGCAGUUGGAGGCUUCUUACCGUUGCUAUACGAGUGGUUCACUUCACACUUGCCUAAAAGUGGACCGUUUGUCACAACAAGGGACUCACAGAAAUGGCCUCAAAGGAUCAUGGGGCUUACGGCGAAUGACAUCGUUUGGUAUCACCUUGGGAAAGGGAUAGAGGAGGUUAUUACUAGAUGUGGUAGUUUUGACAACGUUCCCCUCAUAGGAACAAAAGGAGUUAUCAAUUACAAUUCGAGGCUAGCGCUGCGCCAGUUGGGUUUUGUGCUAAAGGACAAGCCAUUAGACAAAGAAAUAUUUGAAUCUGUUUGCUUUGAGAAAGGGGCUGAUCCAGAGGGUCUAGAAAAAGUGAGGAGCGCCUGGAAUAGUAUUCAUACAGAUGACCGAACUUCCUUAGGAGGGAAGAAUGCCGUUGCUAAACAAGCCUACACUGAUUGGGUGAAAGAUAGAGUCAAGGAGCGCCUGUUGCCUUUCCCGAAGGUUAAACCAUUGUAUGAGCAACCACCUGAAGUUUUAACUGCCACCGUGCCAGCUGAAGACUAUACCCAAGUACAUGUGGAAAACAUCCGGUUGCGUGAGAAGGGGCAAGAUGCUAAGAUAGAAGUUCAAAAGAGGACUAGAACUGAAAGGGGUGAAAAAGCUACCACUAUUGUUGUCGAGGAUAACGAGAAGAUCAUAAAAAGGGCCAUAAAAGAGGCAGAAGAGAAGCUCAAGCAAGAGUACAGAGAAGACUUGAAAGCCCACAAGCUCCAACUAGAAAAAGAGACUAAAUAUCAGCUGAGGACUAUGAAAAAGAAACUGGAAGAUGAGACUACUCAGAGAAUAGGAGUUGAUACACAGCUGAAAGGAAGUCACCUCCGCUCCGCUCGACUAACAGAAGAGAAUGUCAAGCUCAGAGAUCAAAUGGCAAGUAUGGAGAAUGCACCUGAGAAGGAUUAUCUCCCAGGAUUGGGUAAUUCGAGUGUCACUAAUAUUGCUGGGACUAGUGGCAUCACUCGUAGUGGUCGAGUCUUUGCUGCCCCUCCUCCACUUCCUAAAGAGACAAACAAAGAUGCCAAUGCACAAGCGAAGGGGAAGCAAGUUGUUGUUGAUCCCCCUGAGACCCGUACUGCACAAGAUGCUGAGCAACUUCUGAGAAUCAUUAAGAAAAGUGACUAUAAGGUGAUCGAUCAACUUGACCAAACUCAAGCUAAGAUUUCUAUCUUGUCCCUUUUGGUGCAUUCAGAAGCUCACCGCGAUGCUCUAAUGAAGGUCCUAGCUUCAGCCCAUGGUAUCCGAGGCUAUUACCUUUCAUCCAGGAUGGCUAACAACGUGACCGCUACCAGAGAAGCUACAAGGCGUACUCACACUUACAGUUUCCAUCGCGAAGGCUUGAUUCAGUUGGGGCAAUUGGGUGGAUUGAUCACCGGUCAUAAUAAAACUGUGUUCACUGAGAAUUAUGGAAACAACUUGACUCUUUUGGACUCACACGUCGACGAAUGGGGUUUAUCUACUCUUCUUCAGUUCUAUGAUCCUGACUUGCGUUGUUUCACCUUCUCAGGCUAUCAGUUAGCUCCCACUCUCGAGGAGUACUCUCACUUCCUCAAUAUCAAGAUCCAACACAAGGUUCCUUUCGUUUGCGUCCCGGAGAAGCCUGAUUUGGACCACAUUGCCAAUGCUCUUUAUUUGAGCAUAGGGGAUGUUCAUGGAAAUUGGAAAAAGAAUGGUAGCACUCAGGGUUUCUAUAUGAAUUUCUUGGUUGAAAAGGCUCAAGAAUUGGCUAACAAAAAGAUGUGGGAAGCUUUCAACGCCCUUCUGGCCGUUUUGAUCUAUGGGAUCGUGAUGUUCCCUAACAUUCACAAGUUCGUUGAUCUGGCCGCUAUAUGUCUUUUCGUGGAUAAGAAUCCGAUCCCUACUUUGCUAGCCGAUACGUACUUUUCUGUUCACUCUCGAUAUGGGAAAGGAGGAGCCAUAAGAAAUUGUUUGCCGUUGUUAUACACCUGGUUUAAGUCCCACCUGCCUACAAGUGGUCCUUUCAUUACUUCUACUCAGAAAUGGCCUCAAAGGAUCAUGGGGCUUACCGGAAAUGACAUUGUCUGGUGUCCCACUGGAAUGGAUGUGGAGAAGGUUAUAACUAGUUGUGGUGCUUUUGACAAUGUUCCCCUCAUAGGAACAAAAGGUGUUAUCAAUUAUAAUCCUAAGCUAGCGCUGCGUCAAUUGGGUUUUACACUUGAAAACAAGCCUUUGGACAAAGAGAUAUUUGAAUCCGUUUGCUUUGAGAAGGGAACCGAUCUAAAAGGUUUAGAAAAAGUGGUGAGUGCCUGGAAUGACAUCCAUACGAGUGAUCAGAUUUCUCUAGGUGAAAAGAAUGCCGUUGCCAAACAAGCCUACACGGAUUGGGUUGAAAAUAGAGUUAAAGAUCGUCUGUUGCCUUUCCCGAAGGUUAACCCAUUGUACGAGCAACCACCUAAGAUUCCAAUUGCCACUGUACCUGCUGAGAAUCAUAUCCAGGUAGAUAUGGAAUGCACCCAAUUGCACGAAAAGAAGUCAGAUGCGCAACCGAAACAUUGUCUUGUGGACCAGAAAAAGGUUGAGUUGACACACGAAGUCAAAAUGCUGAAGGGAGGAUCUUCCAGAGUUCAAAAGAGGGCUAGAACCGAAAAGGGUGAAAGAGAUACUACUGUUAUUGUCGAGGAUCACCAGAAAAUCCUAAAAAAGGCCAUGAAAGAGUUCGCCUGGUCAUACGAAGACAUGCCUGGUUUAGACACAGAUAUAGUUAUGCACAGGUUACCGCUCAAACCAGAAUGUCCGCCUGUAAAGCAGAAACCACGAAGAACUCGACCUGAUAUGGCUUUGAAAAUCAAGGAAGAAGUUGAAAAACAGUUGAAGGCUGGAUUCUUAUCUGUGUGUGAGUAUCCUCCUUGGAUUGCAAACAUAGUACCUGUUCCUAAGAAGGACGGAAAGGUACGCAUGUGCGUUGACUACCGAGAUUUGAAUAGGGCAAGUCCGAAGGAUGAUUUCCCUCUGCCUCAUAUUGAUGUGCUAGUCGACAACACUGCUCAGUAUUCGGUGUUCUCCUUCAUGGAUGGUUUUUCUGGCUAUAAUCAAAUAAAGAUGGCUCCUGAAGAUAUGACCAAGACUACUUUCACCACUCCGUGGGGUACGUAUUGUUACAAGGUGAUGCCUUUUGGUCUCAAGAAUGCUGGUGCAACAUAUCAACGAGCAAUGGUGACUCUCUUUCAUGACAUGAUCCAUAAAGAGAUCGAGGUGUACGUCGAUGAUAUGAUUGCAAAAUCCCAAACUGAGGAGGAACAUUUGGUAUAUCUUGAGAAAUUGUUUGCUCGUUUGCGAAAAUUCAAGUUGAGGCUUAAUCCAAACAAGUGCACUUUUGGAGUGCGAUCAGGAAAGCUACUUGGAUUCAUUGUGAGUCAACGAGGGAUUGAGGUUGACCCUGAUAAAGUAAGAGCAAUACAGAAUAUGCCAGCACCAAAGAAUGAAAAAGAAGUUCGAGGGUUCCUUGGGAGAUUGAAUUAUAUAGCCAGGUUCAUUUCCCAUCUCACUGACACUUGUGAACCCAUCUUUAAGUUGCUGCGCAAAAAUCAAGAUAUCCGUUGGGAUGAUCAUUGUCAAGAGGCCUUCGAAAGGAUCAAACAAUAUCUCCAAGAGCCACCAAUCCUCAUGCCUCCGGUUCCUGGAAGGCCGCUUCUUAUGUACUUAACCGUGCUUGAAGGAUCUAUGGGGUGUGUGCUGGGCCAACAUGACGAGUCCGGUCGAAAAGAGUGCGCCAUUUAUUACCUGAGCAAAAAGUUUACCGAUUGUGAAUCCCGCUACUCACAACUCGAGAAAACUUGCUGUGCUUUGGUAUGGGCUGCUCGCCGACUGAGACAGUAUAUGCUGACCCACACCACUCUAUUGAUCUCCAAAAUGGACCCGAUAAAGUACAUCUUUGAAAAACCGGCCCUUACAGGAAGGCUAGCCCGGUGGCAAAUGCUUUUAUCAGAAUAUGAUAUCCAGUAUGUCACACAGAAGGCCAUCAAAGGAAGUGUCCUUGCAGAUCAUCUUGCUCAUCAGCCAUUAGAAGAGUAUCAGCCAAUGAAGUUUGACUUUCCUGAUGAAGAUAUCAUGAAACUGGAUGAUAAUGAAGGACCCGAACCAGGAGAGCGAUGGACUCUCACGUUCGACGCUAGAAUAUGCUUUGAUUGCACAAACAAUGUCGCAGAGUACGAAGCUUGCAUAAUGGGCCUCGAAGCAGCCAUUGAUAUGAGGAUCAAGAUCCUUGAGGUUUAUGGGGAUUCUGCAUUGGUCAUACAUCAAGUAAGAGGUGAUUGGGAAACACGACACCCCAAUUUAGUUCCUUAUAAGGACUAUAUCUUGGAGUUGUUGCCCGCUUUCGAGGAAAUCACUUUCAAUCACAUCCCCCGAGAGGAAAAUCAAUUGGCAGAUGCUUUGGCUACUUUGGCGGCUAUGUUCAGAGUUAGCUCCCCUAAAGAAAUGCCAGACAUAACGAUCCUCCGUUACAAGGAACCUGCACAUGUGUUCCCCGCUCAUUGUCUCACUACUGAAGAUGUGUAUGAUGAAAAGCCAUGGUAUUACGACAUCAAGAGGUAUGUUGAGAAGCAAGAGUAUCCCGAAGAUGCUACGAUUGGUGAUAAGCGAACACUUCGAAGGUUAGCAUCCAAAUUCUUCUUGUCAGGAGACGUCCUGUACAAAAGAAACUAUGAUUCAGUUUUGCUCAGAUGCGUGGAUAGACACGAAGCAGAAUUGGUCAUGCGGGAAAUUCAUGAAGGAUCUUUUGGAACUCAUUCCAGUGGACAUUCCAUGGCUAAAAAGAUCUUGCGAGCAGGAUAUUAUUGGAUGACGAUUGAAAGUGAUUGUUCUUGGCCUUUUGCUAUGUGGGGCAUAGACAUGAUUGGGCGCAUAGAGCCACAAGCUUCAAAUGGGCACAGAUUUAUUCUUGUUGCUAUUGACUACUUCACCAAAUGGGUUGAAGCUGCUUCUUACAAGAACGUAACCAAGCAAGUCGUUACUCGCUUCAUCAAGAAAGAGAUCAUAUGCCGAUAUGGGGUUCCAAACAAGAUCAUCACUGAUAAUGGGUCCAAUCUUAAUAACAAGAUGAUGGCAGAGUUGUGUGAAGAGUUCAAGAUUGAACACCACAAUUCAUCACCCUAUCGGCCAAAGAUGAAUGGCGCAGUCGAAGCUGCUAACAAGAAUAUAAAGAAGAUUCUCGUCUACGGUAUGGAGGCCGUACUACCUGUCGAAGUGGAAAUUCCUUCGUUGAGAGUCUUGAUGGACGCCAAACUCGAUGAAACAGAAUGGGUUCAAACGAGGCUUGAUCAUCUCAAUCUAAUUGAGGAGAAACGCUUAUCUGCUAUCUGCCAUGGCCAGUUGUACCAAAAGAGGAUCAAGAAAGCGUAUGACAAGAAGAUUCGGCCUCGAGAAUUCCACACAGGCGACCUAGUCGUAAGGAAGAUCUUGCCAAUUCAUACCGAUCCAAGGGGCAAAUGGACUCCCAACUAUGAGGGACCAUACAUCGUGAAGAAAGCAUUUUCAGGUGGUGCUUUAAUCUUGACAAAGAUGGAUGGGGAAGACGUUCCGCUUCUAGUCAAUUCAGACUCAGUCAAAAAA